AUGUCUCUCUGUAAAGGACAGAUAGUAGUUCGAGGUCAAGGUCACAAUACGUGUGUGUAUCACAGACAGUUUGUUCUAGAAUGGUUCUGUAAAACGUGUUGUCACGUAAUAUGUGCGAGAUGUAUUUCAACUACUCACAGCGGUCACGUGUUUAUCCAGCUGAGUGAGGAAACGCCAAAACAUCACUCCAAAAUUAAAGCAUUUGUCAAUGAUACAGAGAAAAACACACUUGUUCAACUUCAACAAGAAAUAAAGUCUACUGAACAUGAUCUACAAAAACAUUUGAGUCAUUUCGAAACAGUAGCAGCAAAAGUGCAAGAACAAGGAGAAAGGCUUAAAGAGGAGAUCGAUGUUCUGAUAUCACAAGCACUCUCUCAGUUGAAGCAUGUGGAAGAGGACAAUACCAGACUAAUCCUUAAGUACCGGAUAGAACUUGAGACUAAGCUUGAAACAUUAAAACAACAAACCGAAGAGUGUAAGAAAUCUCUCCAGAGUGGCACAGAUAUUAUGUUGUUUGAUAUCGCUUGUGGACUCCAAAAUCACAACACAAAACCAGCCAAGCCUUGUCUAGGUGACGCAAGUUUCUACCCUACCUUAAGUUUAAAUAAAUUCCUGCUGCAAGCAAUGGGUAAGCUGGUCGUAACGUCACCUCAACAGUCUCAAGAGAAAGCCUCAGAAGGAUUAGUUACUCUAGGUAUGCCCGGUAUUAAACUGUCGUCAAAGGAAAUUCAGACGGAUGUUGGCUCCGGAGAUCGAUGGGCGAUUUCGCAAUUUCCCAAGGUAGAAAGACGUGGUAAAAUCUUCGUUUUUAAAGGAAAUCUUGAAAGUGAGGAAUUUCCCGAGGACUUGAGAACUGCACUAGGUCCUCCAAUAGCAGAUAUUAGUAAAGAUUGUCAAGAGGCCAAGGUUUUAAUGAAGUGGAAGUCACCGUGUGACAUAACAUCUAUCUGUCCAGCUAGUGGGUGCGGUAUGUGGACCUCUGACAAUAGCACAACUGUCACAUUGAUGAGUAACCAAGGAAGGAUAGAGAAACAGAUAGAAAAUCCAGCAAGUGUUAGAGACAUCAGUACAUCUCCUACUACACACACUCUCUGGGCAUGUUCUCAUACGGACAACAGCGUCACAGAGCUGGAGUGUGGUGCUCUAAUCUGUAGGUUCAAGACAUCGGAUAUCCCCAAAUGCAUAUGUGUAACAAAAGAUGACCACGUCCUUGUCGGAAUGAAGAAUAAAAUAGUGAAAUACGAACGUGGAGGAGAAACAAUAGACACAGUCACCACAACACAGUACGGAAAACCAUUAGUGUGUACACCUUGGAAGAUAUCACAAUGUCCUGACAGUGAGAAUGUGGCUGUAGUUGACGGCGACAAGGUAAUAGAUGGCGGGAAGGACCAACCACAUAUCGCUGUGAUGAACAAACACCUACAGCUGAUAUAUCGAUACGGACGACCACAACACAACGACAUGACUGCAAGAAGGCCAUUUGAUCCAUUUGAUGUAGCAUACGAUAGCCUAGGACAGAUAAUCAUUGCUGACCGCGUCAACCACUCAAUACAUCUUCUAAGUGGUACAGGAAAAUAUCUUAGGCGUCUCCACCAGGACAUAGGCGCAGCAUGGUUUGUAAGUCUGGACAGGGAAGGAGUCCUGUGGGCAGUGGUUAGCUUUGGUGGGAAACAAGUCAACCGAAUACACUACACCAGUAAAUAA